AUGAGAGAAUCGGUCUCCACGGCAGGGACUAGGGUUCUGCUAACGCAACGCAGGAUGGCAGGGGCUGUGUGUGUGGUCGUCGUGGUACUCAUGUCCACUGCAGUGCUGGGAAUGAACGCAGACGAUGACGGCUCUAAGAUCACCUGCAAUGAAACUACGGCUCAGACAGGCAUAUCGGUGUCAGUUGACCAGAAAACCAAGAAGGUCUCGUUUGUGUGCGAUACGGGCAUGAAAACCGUGCUGCCCUCAGAAGGAAGCAGUGUCACGAAGUGUUACACUGAGAAAGGACUAAAGGAAGAGGAGGAGUUGGUGAGCCUUUUCGGCCAAGGGUCCCAAGCCACUGUCGUAGCGUCAACAGGAAAGUCCAAGCAAAAUUCGGAAGUCACACUUACACUGGGAGAGCUCCCGCAAACAAUGCAGACCAUCUACUUUGUUUGUACCGACUCGACAGCCUCGGAUGCCGAGUCAGCAGAAGAGACUGGCGACCCUGAUGCGUCUCUGACGGUCCCCCAGGCGGGCGCCGAAGCGGGUGGAAGCGUCGGCCCGGCACCGAAGCCUGGUGCUAUUUCGGGUGUAAACUCAGUCACGCCAGGUGUAGGCGCGCGGCGUUUGGCGGUGGUUGGCGCCUCGCAUGAUGCCUUCAGGCGUUCGGCUAACCGAGCUGCCGUCGGGGUUUCAAAACAAGGAGAAUCAAAAGCCAGAUGCAUCGUCACUGUGACAGUUCCCGCUGAUCCAACUGCCAGCACGUCGUCCUGGUCCAAGUUGGGCCGACAGCGGUCCCACGGUUUGCCAAAUAAGGCCAGAGGGAGACCGCUUUCAAUCAAUCCGACUCAACCGUACCAACCAGCAAUUCGCCUCAACGCAUGUUACUUAGCUUCCAAACAUUCUGUGUUUCGGGGCCAUGUACAUCAUCUCACUCCCCGGUGUCCCUCUGUUAUGCCUGCAGCGUGCACCGGUGCGAAGCAGAGUAUGGAUCUGGAGAUCACGAGCGAAUCCAAGAGCGUCUCGUUCCAAUGCGACACGAUCAUUGACAGGCUUAAUCCAGAAAAUCAUUCAGAUCUGAUUUUUGACGAAUCUUGUCAGAACCCUGUAAGGCUGGCAGACAUGCUGCCGUCUGCGAAGCUCGCGACAUCGACCUCGGGCUACACGUUCAGUGUAGAGGAGUUGCCUGAGACUGCAGGCACGUUCUGCUACAAGUGCGCAGCUGCUUCUGGGUCUGAGCAAGAGGGGGAAGAGUUAUGGCAAGAGCCCAAUGCAUGCUAUGUGAAGAUACAGGUACCUCAGCGCAGUAAUGCUGCCUCGACCUCCGCCUUUGCACGAUCAGUGCAGGCUCUCUUGCUCGGGUUAGGUGUUUUUGUAGCCUUCGUUCAGGUCAUGUACUAG